GGUGUCUCAUGUGACACUGCAUAGAUUGUCGGAUCUGGGAGCUAGCGAAGAAGAAAGCCCUGUGUAUUCUUGAAAGUUGCACGAUUUGACUGUUCCGCUUGAAUAUGGACGAACCUAGAGUAAUCACAACUCGUGGCUUAAAACAAGCGAAUUUUUCCGUAGGAGAGAAAAUACUAUGUUAUGAGCCUGAUGUUUCGAAAGCUAGAGUGCUUUAUGAUUCGAAAAUACUGGAUGUUGAUUGGACGAGAGACGAGAAAGGGAAAAGAAUUCCUGAAUAUCUUGUACACUUCAAUGGUUGGAACUCCAGCUGGGAUCGAUGGGCUCCUGAAGAAUACGUACUUAAACAUACAGAGGAGAAUGUAGACCUACAACAUCGACUGCAAGAAGAUGCCAGAGAAAAAUUGAAAAAGAAGAAAAAACCAUCACUUAAGGAAAAGGUGGACGCAGCAAGUGGUCCAGCGGAAGAAGAGGAAAGUAACAUGGAGACAGAUUAUACCAGUUCUGUGAGUGAUGAAGAUAGCAAUGACUCAAGUAGUGAUGAUGAAGAGGAGACAGAAGUGCCAAUUAUCAUUCCUGCUGCUCUCAUAUCGAAGCUUGAGGAGGAUUGUUACACAAUCAACUGUAAACAUAAGCUUGUGAAGCUUCCAUGCACACCAACAGUUUUAACAAUCCUGGAGGAUUAUAUCAAAUACUUUGCUGUGUCAAUAGACAAACAAGCUAAGUCCGUGCCGGCCACAUACUUAACUUCAGCAGGAACGCAGAAGGAGAUCCCUCAGCCACCAGCUCCAACUAAUAACUUGAAACUAUGUAAAGAAGUAAUGGAUGGUUUACGGAUCAUGUUUGACUUCAUGUUACCAGCAUGCUUACUCUACUUACCGGAGAAGAAACAGUAUGAGGUGUUAGUUGCCAAGAAGAAGGUCACAACUCAAGACGCCAAAUCCGAUGAGAAUGGAGCUCCAGCAGUUAAAGGUCGUAAAAGAAGCCGGAAGUCAUCAUCUGGUAGUAUAUCUCCACCAGUUCUUGAGCCUCAGGUAGCAGCCUCCUUCGACAUCCAAAAACCAGAGGAAACGGAGACAACACGGCGCAUUACACGCAGACUAUCCAGCAGCGGAGGUUUAGGAACUUCUGCAGCUGCACAUUCAGAAGGAAAGAAAAAGAGCACAGAAUCUAGCACUGCUGCAAACAGUUCCGCAGCACGGUUAUCAUCCUCCGUGGAUCACAGUCCUCAAAAGAAAGGCAGGCAAAGCCUUCGACAUUCCUCAAGGCUAGCCCUACAGACAUCUUGCCCUCCAGAUAUCAGUCAGGAUAAAGAAACCCCAAUCUCGCAUCCUUCAGCAGCUGAGCCUAUUAAGUCCGAAAAGCUUGAGGCUAAGCAAACUCUGUCAUCCUCAGCUUCUUCCAGAGAUAAGAAGGACUUUGGAGAUGCUAAGCAGAUUCUGCAAGCUGCAUGUUUCAUGCUAGUACCUGAAAAUGCCAGCCUUGAUGGGCAUGUUCUGCCUUCCAAGAUGUAUGGGAUGCACCAUCUCCUGCGCUUAUUUGUAAAACUACCAGAGUUAUUAGGAAAGAUGGAAAUUCCACCCAAAAAGCUGAAGCCAUUACAGAAACACCUGAACGUCUUCCUAAGAUACUUAGCGUCUCCCAAGGGCAUCAACGAGCUGUUUAAUAGCGACUCUUAUGUGGACUGGGCCGCCGGGUUCUAGUUGUCAACUUUAGUGCCAAAGCAGUUCACCAUAUAUGACAUCGUCAGCUCUAUGAUACCGCCAUAAUUUAAAUGUUUAUUUAUCUUGUGACUACCAUUCUUGGAACAAUUUUCUGUGUGGCCAAAGUUGUUUUUUUUUUUAUCAUAAUAUUAUGAUAUGAUAUUAUUUGCAUCCAACUGCAACAAACAAGAUGCAAUUCCAAUCCAUUGUGAGGCUUAUCGAUUUGGACCCAGGAACUUGUGGUUGAAAGCCAGUAAUCUAGUAAGCCACAUUGUCAGCUAUCAGUUUAUACCACAUGAUGCAAUCAAUAAGUACUGUUAGAAGUAAUGGUCUGCAAUGGUCUCAUGUAGCAUCUGUAUAAGAGUGUUAUAUGAAAUAUAUUCAUUGGAACUUGUUGCAGGCAUUUACAAGACACGAACAAUUGCUCAAUUUCACUGCGUGAACUUCAUUGGCUGCCAAUCAGGCAACGUAUUGCAUUUAAAUUACUUGUUCUGACCUUUGAAGCUCUCCAUCUGAACGAACCUUCAUAUUUACGUUCAAUGAUUUCCUGAUAUACUCCAUCUCGCCGUCUCCGAUCAUCCUCUCAAAUCCUUCUUUCUGUCUCCAAAUGCCGUACCAAAACCUACGGUCAAUGUUCUUUUACUUUUGCUUCUGCCUAUUUCUGGAACCAACUUCCAAAUUACAUAACUUCUUCCAACUUUAUUUAUUUAUUUUUAUUAAGUCACAGCUUAAGACCUAUUUGUUUUCCGGUGGCUUUUCAUGUGCGUUGCGCCUUUUAUCUUGUUUGGAAUUGGCGCCAUAUAAAUUCGAGAUAUUAUUAUUAAUUUAUUUCUUUUUUAUUUUGUCUGUAAAAUAAUAAACAUUAUAGAGCUAUAUUUGCUCUCUGGGUAAUUGAUUUAUUGAUGAUUGUACACCUAUGAUUUCUACAACUCAUGGUAGUUCUACCAUUUUUUGUGCCAAUUAUUUAUUCAAAUCUAUGAUUAGUAUAAAACACAAGGGAUGGUUUACUCAAGAUAUGCUGUCUAUAUUGAGGGAAAACAUAUUAAAGAAAGUACAACAUUGUGAUUUGCUUAGUAAAUCUAAGCCAGUUUCAUGUGAGAAUUACAUUACAUACAUUAAAAUGUUCUUAAAUUAACAGACAAAAAUACCGUUCUUAUAAAUUAACAAUUUUUUCUGUAUAUUUAACUUGUGGUGUAUGUGCUUGCUAGACUGUAAGUGUCUUGAGAGCCAGUGUUCUCUGCUAAUAAAUGGCUUGCUCAAUUGAAUUGUAAACACUUGACAACUGGUACUGGCUCUGUCCCUGUGCAGACUAUUAAAUAUCGUGUGACAAAAACCUGUGACAUGCCUGAAUAUGGUCAUGAUUACAUCACAUCAUGUCCAUAUAUAGGCACAUCAUGACUAUCUUUGAAGUUUGAGUCUGGAUUGAGCUUUGUAUUCUGUUGCAUGGACCCUUAAAUUGGGUGGAUGAGUUUUUUUCACAUUUUGCUAUAGACAGCAUAUCCUUAAUGUAAUCUUUUUUCAGUUAGUCUUGUUAUUUAUUAAUCCAUCAGUGUAUUUCUUCACUGCAAUCUUUAAUUUGUAUAAGCCUUGAGCAUAUCACAAUUUAAGAAGUUAAAAUUUAUUUAUUUGGAAUGGUGGUCUGAAAUGAGUUCCUCCUUAGGUGAUUGUUGGCCUCUGGUGUUUGCUACAGUUUGUAUCAUGUUGCUUGGAGACAGCAUGUAAAAACACCAAUCAGAAGGCUGAUUGCAAGGCAGCUAGAAAAUGGCUUCAGAUCGAAGAUAUUUGAAUAUUUGACAGAAUUGUUUAAUUAGUGACCAAUAGUGUAUUUUUUUUAAUAGAGUAAUUUAGAGUUUUAUUCAAAUAAAAAUUGAAAUGCGAGUUCUUGCUGAAAUUGGAAAAAAUAACUUUAAUGAAUGAUUCAUGUAGGGUUGAUAUGUAGAAUACAAAUUGUAAUGUAAAUAAUUAGUAAUGUGAAUUUGCCUCACUCGGGAUGUGUUAGAAUAUACUCUUGCUUUGGUUCAGGGUUU